AGAUACAUGGAUGCACUGGAUGUUUGCUGCGAAUAGCAGACGUUUUGAAAUGGCUAAGCUAUCACACUUUAACGGGCAUAGUAGCAAGUUGUACACCAACAUGAAUAUCAUUAUUAAGAAAAAAAUUCCCCGGUCUCCCGUACAAUUGCAUAUAUAAAAUGGUGUAUUUUCUCUUUCUCUAUAUGUAUGUGUGUGUGUCUGUGAGGAGCAGGUCUGUUCUGUUUUCCUGUGUUUUGCUGUGUUUGUUUCCCCAUUUCCCCCAGUCGCCUUGAAAACCGAAAGUUAAUUAAAUUAAAAUCAGGGUCAGCUUUUCCGGUUUUGAAUUAGAGAACCGUGUGCCAGUCUAAUACUAAUACUCAGGUUGGCAACACUUUACUUGACAGGGCACAAACGAUAUAGUGCUAUAUACUAUUACUUAUGUACUAAUUAAUUUUGAGUCUUAGUUACAUACAUACAAGUCAUGAAUUACACAAGUUAAAUACUGAUCUCAUAUUUGUUCAUUAUUAGUGAAUUAUGAUGCAGCUUUCAUCCCAAGCAGUCACCACAUUUGUUACUAUAUAAUUCUGUAGACCUUUGUGAACUACUGAAGGAACUACUAAGGAACUGCUCAAGGAACAAGUAAUGAAUAACAUGUACAGUUACUUAGUAUUUGUGUCCCAUCAAGUGCAAGUAAAGGUUUAGCUCCUUGUAAAGUUUCUAAACCCCCAUUCAAGCAUUGACUGUCACAUGUACUCGGAAAUUUUUCUGCUAAUGUUUUAUUUUGUCGGGGGGGGGUUUAAGAAAACCAGCAGUGCAGCAAAGGACAACGCAGUGCAAAUCAAGACAUAUGCAAUACAACAAUAAAAAGUCCUGAUAAUAGAUAUGUAAAUAAGUAAUGAUUCCUCCUUUCAGCCGCUUAUUCUAAGUAGGCUCUCAUGAAAGUACAAGGGCAAUAAUCCCUAUAAUUGAAAAGUCUAGUUAUAGAUACCUAUAUUUUGGUGAGAAACAGAGCUGAAGAUAAAAGAGGACACCUGUUUCACGAGAACAAUGUGGUAUUUUAAGAGAUAACGGUGAUUAGUCUGUUUAAACAGACAGUAAAAGGGAUUCAUUUUUAGAAAAUGAAUAAUUGUGUAAAGAGGGCAAAAUCUAGUAUUGCAUAGAUGAGUGAAGCGCAGGCCCAGAAUUACAGAUAUGCAAAUCAAAAAUGUGCUGAAAUCAUCAUUAACUGCAUGGAAAGGGAAAGUCCAGAUCAUCUUUCACUUCUCAGCUAAUAUAAGUGGAGAGGAUGGCAGGCGGCUGCAGUUUGCUCCUCGUCUGCGGUCUGCAUCUGAGCCACCAGCCCACUGCGUCACCAUGGCACCCAUCAGAGCCGUCUUACUCUUCAGCACUGUGACUCUCAUCUGCCUGGCUCUGCUGCAAGUGUCAGAAGGACGCAUCGUAAGACUGAAAUGCCGCUGCAUGAAAAUCUCCCCGUGCAUCAACCCGAAGACCGUGAAAGAGAUCCAGAUCAUUCCGCAGACCGCCAUGUGCCACAGGACCGAGAUUGUGAUCAUCAGAAACAAUAAAGAAGCUGUUUGUCUGGAUCCGAACACACAGUGCACCAAAAGGAUCAUUCAGACAUACACGAAGGAAACAACAAAGCAAAUGGAAAGAUAAAAGCAGCACAGAAAAUUCUUCUUUUUAAAUGGUUUCUUAUCACUUUAUCUUUUCAUGUUUGUCCACAAUGUCCAGUAUUCCAAACCUGUACUGUCCCAAAAAAUAAAAACAAAUCUAAAAGUGG